AUGCAGCUUGCAAAAAGUGAGUUCCGGCUGGACGGCGUGUAUGUUUUUGUGUGUCUGUCUCGGACCGGCGAGCCGAGGCAAAACUUCAAAGUGCUUGCGUCUGGACAGCGCCGUCAGCACUUACAAACAGUCGGCAACUUUCUUCUGGCAACAUUUGAGAAUUUGUCAAACCUCCUCCUCUCAGCCGAACUGCAGGCUCGACCUCAUCAACAUCUUCUCGACAUGCCUUGA